AUGCCCUAGCAGGAAGUGAGUACAAGGAAGAAGCCAGCGAAGACACAAGGAGGAGGAGGACUAGGACGAGGAGGAGGAGUUGGGGUGUUUUUAUCAGCCCGACCCGGGAAAGCCGAAGUUUCCAUACUCCCUCUUCCCGGGAUUCCUUCUUCCCUCUUUUGGUCCCCCUUUCCCCGCGCUUCCCCAUUUCCCACCCGGCUCUCCAGCUCCGAGCUGGAACUGGUGCGCCCCUACCCCGCCUCCAUGGCUUCUGCCGAGGACCCUCUGCUUACAGAUCAUGCUACAAGGGAACCAGUAGAAGAUACAGAUCCUAGCACUUUAUCUUUUAAAAUGUCAGAAAAAUAUCCUGUUCAAGAUACGGGGCUCCCUAAAGAUGAGGAAUAUAAUUCAAUUACACUGAAAGUUCCACCAAGUUCUGACAUAAUGCAUCAGCGAGAAGAAAAUGGCUACCCCGACAGCACUGGAGAUCCACUUUCAGAUAUAAAGAACAACUCUUGCCAAGAAAAUUGCACAUGUUCCCUAUGCUCACUCCGGGCCCCCAACAUCAGUGACUUGCUCAACGAUGAGGACUUGCUAGACGUGAUCAGAAUAAAGUUGGAUCCGUGUCACCCAACUGUAAAGAACUGGAGGAAUUUUGCAAGCAAAUGGGGAAUGCACUAUGAUGAAUUAUGUUUUCUGGAACAAAAACAACAGAGUCCUACAUUGGAGUUCCUGCUCCGGAAUAGUCACAAAACUGUGGAUCAACUGAUUGAGCUCUGUAGGCUCUAUCAUAGAGUUGAUGUGGAAAAAGUCUUGCGGAGGUGGGUGGAAGAGGAAUGGCCAAAGAGGGGGCAUGGAGACUACCAUAAUCACUUUUAA